CAUCCAUCAUGUUCAGAGUAACAGUUAAUAUCGUCCUUCUUGUGCUCUUCUUGUUCUGUGCAAGCUGGGCCAAGCCAAACGGGUCAAAGAACAAGAAGCCAAAGCAAGUGGUUCCAGACAUCGAGUGCGACGUGCGAGCAGGUAAGAUCAACCUCCCGGAGUUCAUUGCUCGAUGUCCGGCGCAGUGCAGGGAGACCAGGCAGCAGGUCUACGGGACGGGCGUGUUCGCCUCCAUCUCCAGCAUCUGUAACGCGGCCAUCCACAGCGGGGUCAUCACAAACUCGGGAGGGAAGGUAAUCGUGAGGAAGAUGGCCGGGCAGAACGUCUACAAAGGCAGCAACUCCAACGGGGUGCGAUCGCUGUCCCUGCCCAAGUGGAGGGAGUCGUUUGUCGUCUCAGUGGGGAAACCCAAGAAAGGAGUCCUCUACCCGUCGACCCUGGACUACGUUCCCUCGAGACCCACCUACGUCAAAACAAGUCAGAAGGAGGCCACCACGCCGCCGCCCACAACCACCGCACCUGAACCCACCACCACAACUCCUGAACCCACCACCACCACCACCACUGCACCCCCACCAACAACAACCACUACCGCCAAGGCCCGAGCUGCUGCACAUAAACCCAGGGACGCAGGCAGCAGUCAUCCGUACCUCGCCCAUGUGGCCGCCACAAGUUCAAGACACGUACAGAACGGCCAAGGAAAGAGUCCCAGCCAAGCGUUCAGAGGAAGUCCCUACCCGAACAGAUACCCACAACGUUCCAGUGCAGUUACAGGUGUGCGCAGGACGGAGGUGGGGUCGUCCAUCAGGAGGCAGCCUGCUUCUCCCGUCGGUCCAGCUUUCAACAGGGUCCAGCCUGCCCCGCCCGAGCGCACUCCGACUGCGAGCCAGUCCAACUCCGCUUUUCCCAGAAGGGAUUGGCCGCCCCCUUCUUUCGCUCGGCCUGAUUGGUUCCCUGGAGCACGGCGACCAGCAGAUGUUAGUUACGCAGUUCCAGACUCGGGGUACUCCUGGAGCGAGACAGACACAUCAGAGAUUUCUGCUCGGGAUCUCAGGCCUGAUAUCUCAGAAUAUGAGCGCUGGUUGUAUAGCUUUGGACCUUACCCCCCCCGAUCCACCGACUUGGACGUCAGCCACAAAAUGCCCCUGGACACCGGCCACAGUAAAGUGGAGCCAGCAGAUGUGUGGAAGCCAGAAGCAAACCCGUAUGAAUCAGGUUUCAGUGUUAGAGAACCAGAUUCGGUACCAAGACCUCCUCAGACUGCGCCACAGCCACAGGGAGACCCAAAUUGUAAGGUGGACCUUGCUUUCCUGAUGGACGGGAGCUGGAGCAUCGGGAAGCGGCGUUUUAAGAUCCAGAAAGACUUCCUGUCCGAGGUGGCUCAGGCCAUCAAUGUAGGUGUAGCUGGACCAAUGAUGGGCAUCAUCCAAUAUGGUGAUGAGCCUGUGACAGAGAUCAGUCUGAGGACAUACUCCAGCUCCAGGGAGGUGAGAUCCGCCAUCGAUAAGAUCGUUCAGAAGGGAGGCCUCUCCAAUGUGGGAAAAGCCCUCUCCUACAUCAACAAGCAGUACUUCAGUGAUGCCAACGGGAACCGAGGAGGAGCUCCAAACGUAGCUGUGGUCCUUGUGGACGGAUGGCCCACAGACAAAGUGGAGGAGGCGUCUCGGCUCGCCCGGGAGUCCGGCAUCAACAUCUUCUUCGUCACCAUUGAGGGGCCCGACGAAAGUGAAAAGCAUAACCUUGUUGAGGCCAACUUUGUUGACAAGGCUGUGUGUCGGACAAACGGCUUCUACUCCCUUCCCGUGAACAGCUGGUUUACCCUGAGGAAGGCCGUGCAGCCCCUGGUGAAGCGGAUCUGUGACACUGACCGCCUGGUGUGCAGCAAGACGUGCCUCAACGCCAACGACAUCGCCUUCGUCAUCGACGGCUCCAGCAGCGUAGGCACCGGCAACUUCCGCACCGUGCUCCAGUUCGUGGCUAACGUCACGAGGGAGUUUGAGAUCUCAGACACGGAUACCCGGGUCGGAGCCGUGCAGUACACCUAUGAGCAGAGGCUGGAGUUCGCGUUCGGACAGUACAACGACAAGGCAGAGCUGCUGAACGCCAUCAAACGCAUCAACUACUGGAGCGGCGGGACCAGCACCGGCGCUGCCAUCACCUACGCAGCAGAGCAGCUCUUCAGCAAAUCCAAACCCAACAAACGCAAGAUUAUGAUCGUCAUUACGGACGGGCGCUCCUAUGACGAUGUCAGGGCACCUGCGGAGGCUGUCCAACGACAAGGUGUGAUCGCCUACUCCAUCGGCAUCGCCUGGGCCGCCCAGGACGAGCUGGAGUACAUCGCCACCGACCCCGACAAGGAGCACUCCUUCUUUGUGGACGAGUUCGACAACCUUUACAAAUACGUACCAAAGAUCAUCCACAACAUCUGCCAGGAGUUCAACUCUCAGCCCAGGAACUGAGGCCGGAGGUGUUGGAGGGAACACCUCGGAUGUUUUGAACAGAACUCCGUAAAUUUACUUGCUCUGCUGCCCAGAUGGGGGUUCCUGGAUUGGCAGGAAAGGCCAUGUAUUUGCAAAGGAAGGAGACAGAACUGGGGAUUUUGGGUAUAAACAAAUAAAAUUAACCAGCAGAGUUGUUCUGGUGCCAGUUCCAGGCGUCACAAAGAUCCCUAUAGUCUGUUAAACUGAUG